UAAAGCAUCACAAGCUUGAUUCUGGUAAAUUCUUUGACAUGGAUGCAGAAAUUAAGGUAAACAACAGUAAUGGGGAGACUUACAUCCAUCCCUGUUAUGUCUCAGACAAUGAAACUUACAUGUUUGCAAACAACCCCUCUGUCAUGUGUGUAUCAUUGUAUAUACUUCUUGGACUAUUAUCUGUUGUUAUUCUUUGUGGAAACUUACUUGUCAUAUUUUCGAUAAUUUACUUCAGGCAGCUCCAUACUCCCACUAGCUACCUCAUUCUCUCCUUAGCUGUUUCUGAUCUGCUUGUUGGGAUUUUAGUUUUCCCCUUUAGCAUGUUAUUCACUGUGACUUCAUGUCUGAAUUAUGAAAGCUUGUUCUACAGAUACUAUGCAGUCUGCCAGCCUUUGACAUAUAGGAUGAAAAUGAAUGCCAAGAUAACUGUGGUUAUGAUUCUCUUCAUAUGGGGAGUUUCUGUUCUAAUAGGAAUUGGCAUUGUUGUUGGAGGAUUCAGCCAAGGAACAUGUGAGGAUGAAUGCUCUGUUGACAUUAUAGCUGCCAACACUAUGGGUCCUGUUUUCUCUUUUUAUCUUCCAGCAGUCAUAAUGCUCUGUAUUUACUUCAAGAUCUUCCUUGUUGCCCAGAAACAAUUAAAAAGUAUCCAUAACGCAAACUGCUCAGGCAUAAAGCCAGGAACAACAGUUAGCAGGGUGGAGAAAAAGGCUACCAAAACCCUGGCAAUUGUGAUGGGGGUAUUUCUUUUAUGUCUCACUCCCUAUUUCACCUGCGUUGUCUUCCAGCCAUUAUAUCACAGCCCCCCACCAGUCCCUGUAAUAGAGACACUAAACUGGCUUACACUGUCAAAUUCAAUGCUUAAUCCUUUAAUUUAUGCCUUCUUUUACAGCUGGUUCCGAUCAGCUUUCAAAAUGAUCAUUUCAGGAAAAAUAUUCCAAUGUGAUUUGAGUCAUUCUAGAAUAUCUUGAUAUUUAUACGUAUACACAUACAUACCCCAAAGG